AAAUCACCAUGAGAGACACAAACUAGAACCUUCUCGCUAGAAAUCGAAUGUGAUAACUGUUAGGGGAACUUUCAAGAAACACCUCUCACCACCUUCUUCCCCCAUUAAAUAUUUACUUUCGCUUCUUCAUCCUCAAAAACCGACUCCACUGCAACUGAGAAAUCAAGAUAAAAAAUCUUCAACUACACUUGUUGUUUACCUUCUGCAACUUUGUUCUGCUAAAAAAAAUGAGGAGGUUAAUCAUUAGCGGUGUUACUCUGGUUAUUCUUCUUAUGGUGACGGCGACGUUUAUUCCACCGUUGGAGGGUUCGCUGUUGCCGUUUGUGGAUCGACCGCCGAGUCUAUGGUCGGAUUUCUGGCAAGAUAGGUUACCGGAUCCGUUCAAAAUAUUAGAACGAGUCCCUUUCGAGUUGGAGAAGGAUGAAUUGAUCGUUUCUCCUGCUAGGGUUGAUUGGAAAGAGACUCCGGAAGCACAUAUCAUCAUGCUCGAUGUCCCAGGACUGAAGAAAGAGGAGUUGAAGAUAGAAGUGGACGAGAUAAGGGUGUUGCGGGUGAGUGGGGAGAGGAAGAAGGAAGAGGAGAAGAAAGGGGACCAGUGGCACCGUGUGGAGAGGUCUUACGGCAAGUUCUGGAGGCAGUUCCGUCUACCUGAGAACGUGGACUUGGACUCCAUUAAGGCCAAGCUUGAGAAUGGCGUCCUUACCAUUUCAAUCGCCAAGCAUUCCCCGGAGAAGAUUACGGGUCCUAAAUUCAUUAGCAUUGCAGGUGAAACGGAAGAGGAUCAGCACACCAAAAAGCUCGGAGCCGAUAAGGAGAACAAGAAGAAGGAAGAACUUUGAUUUCAUUUCCAUGAUGAUCCUAUCCAUGUAGUAGUUUUCCUUCUUAAUUCUGCAGUUCUUGACUCACUGUGAGAAGUGUUUUUAAGUGUGUUUACUCUGUAAUUCUACUACUGUUUUUGUGAAUGUAGAUAUAGCCCUGAAACUAAGUUGAUUCUC